AUGGCCGCCACCAAGCUCACCGUCGCCGGAGGGAGGGGAGGCGGAGGCAAGAGGCCGAAGGGGAGGCGGCUGCCGGAGGUCGGAUGGGAGGUGGCCGCCGGAAGCCGAAGGGGAGACGGGAGGCAGAGGCUGGAGGGAGAGCACGGAGGGCCUUCAUGGCUGAUUGACUGCAAAAGAAUGGCUUCAAAAAUUAAAAAUGCUUCUGGACCUACACAGCAUACCACAUAUACAUGGAACAGCAACCCAACUAAGGAGUGCCCAAAAUGCAACCACAUUAUCGAUAACAGUGAUAUAGUUGAUGAAUGGCCUGGUUUGCCUAAAGGUGUGAAAUUUGAUCCAUCAGACCAGGAAUUACUGUGGCAUUUGCUAGCGAAAAUUGGGAAAGUGGGUGUCAAGCCUCAUCCAUUUAUUGAUGAAUUUAUUCCCACCAUUGAUUCAAAUGAGGGCUUAUGCUAUAUCCAUCCGCAGAAGCUCCCAGGAGUUAAGCAGGAUGGAAGUGUAUCACACUUCUUCCACAGAACAUUUAAGGCCUACAGCACUGGGACUAAGAAGCGUCGGAAGAUAAAUACCGAUGAGCUUGUUGAGGUUCGAUGGAAUAAGACGGGCAAGACGAAACCAGUAGUGAUUGGUGGAACACACCUUGGUUGCAAGAAAAUAAUGGUUAUGUAUGCGAGUAACAUAAAGGGUGGAAAGCAAGAAAAGACUAAUUGGGUGAUGCACCAAUACCAUGUUGGCACUGGGGAAGAUGAGAAGGAUGGUGAAUUUGUCGUCUCAAAAUUAUUCUAUCAGCAGCAGCCUAAGGCCGUGGAGAAGAAUUCGGAGGGCAUGGUUGAGCUUUUGGAACCAGUAUAUGCUGCAGUAGAUUUGGCUGCUUGUCCUCCAUUGAUGGACUGGUCUGCUUUGCCCUUUGAAGAGGGCAAUAGUAAUCAAGAAACUGUUCAGAAGUCUGAGCAUAAUUCUGAUCAGACAAAUAGUCAUUGUGAAGUAAAGGACAAAGAAGACACUAACCAUCCUGCAUCUGAAAAGGUUGAGGAUCAAGAUAGCCACCCUUCAGAGGAUCCAAAAUGGUGGGAGGGCGAAUCCCAGUUUUUAAUGAACUCUCAGCAACUUGCAGAAUGCAUGUCAAUUUGUGAUGAGUUCCUUCAGAGUCAGAAUUCAUCUGGCAGUGGAGACGAGCCUAGUAAGAGCAGGCCAUGCCUUGCUGAAUAUGCCCAGUUGCCUGCAGACGACUUGAAAAAGGAUCUCGAAGAAUGCCAGAAGCUGGACGACUCAGAUAACACAAACAUGGAGCCUGAAUGCACUCCCGAGUUUCGACUUAGCCAACUGGAUUGCUUUGCGACAACGUGGAUCGAAGGGAAAAUCUAA